AAACUCUUAAAUAAAAGAAUAUACUUUAUAAAACUAUGACCAAAACACUAAUUGUGACAAAAUUUUAAAAAAAUGUUAAAUAAGGAUUAAAUUAAAUUAAAAAUUCAACUAACCAGUAUACAUAUUUUAUGAAAUAUCAAACUUUUCUCAAUAAAAUAGGGUAUUUAUGAAAUCUAGGUCAGAUUUAUAAUUAUAAGGAGAAUAUGUAUCUGACUCUAAAUUAAGGAAGUAAUGCUCUCCAGCAAUAACAAAUAAAGAUUUAGGCAAAACAGAAUAAUAUUUUUUUGAAGGUUAGAAUUUAAAUUAGGAGGAUAUUGCAUAUCCUUGUGGACUUAUUGCGAAAUAUUUUUUCAAUGAUAACUAUUAAAUUUACGAUUUAUAAAAUAAAAAUAAGUAAAUAUCAAUUUAAAAAACUGAUAUUGUAUGGCCAUCUGAUUUAGAACAUAAAUAUAAAAUUAAUAAAAAAGAACUUGAUAAAUAUUGGUAUGACACUUUGGAUGAAAAUUUUAUUGAAUGGAUGAAGCCAUCUAGUUUUUCUUCAUUUAGAAAAAUUUGGGGAAAAAUUAAUUAAGAUUUAAAUUAAGGAGAAUAUGAUAUUUUAAUUGAUGACUUUUGGAACACAUAAUUUUUUAAAGGACAUAAAAGUCUUCUUUUGAGUACAAAAGACAUUUUUGGAGGAAAAAAUAUUUUUUUAUAAUAUGCUUUUAUAGUUGUUGGUUUUAUAUAAAUAUUGUUAAGUUUAGUACUUUUUGUUAAAAUUAUGAGAACUGAUAAAAAUUUUAUUUAAAUUAGUGGUGAUAAAUGA